CCGUAGUUGUUUGGAAAACGUGGGUGAAAUGUCAGAGUUACUGCACGUUUAGCCAACUCAGAAACGUUCAGACACAACUCCAAUAAAGUACACAAACCCACUUAUACACUACGCGGAAGACUACGAGGGCUCAGCCAAUCACGUCUUUGGUUCCUCAGGGCCAUGGCAGGUCUCCCUCCAUCAGUGGCGCGGGAGGCGGUGCUUAAGGAGAGCAUGGCGCUGCCAGCGGACAUGUUGCGUAUCCGUGGUUACGACUUCAACCAGGGCCUGGACCACCGGGCGUUGCUGCAGUCAUUUCUGACCACCGGCUUCCAGGCCAGCAGCUUCGGCCUGGCCGUGCAGGAGAUCAACAAGAUGAUAGAGAAGCGUCUGGAGCCUGUAGAGGAGGAGGAAGGGGGGGCGGAGGAGAAGGAGGAGGAGGGCACUCCUGCCCCCGGGGGUCGAUCGGGCUGUACCAUCUUCCUGGGGUACACGUCCAACCUCAUCAGCUCUGGAGUCAGGGAGACCAUCCGCUACCUGGCCCAGCACAAAAUGGUGGAUGUGAUUGUGACGACAGCAGGUGGGGUGGAGGAGGACUUGAUUAAGUGUCUGGCCGCCACCUACCUGGGGGACUUCAGCCUACCAGGCAAAGAGCUGCGACAGAGAGGCAUCAACAGGAUAGGGAAUCUGCUGGUGCCCAAUGAUAACUACUGUAAGUUUGAGGACUGGCUGAUGCCCAUACUGGACCAGAUGGUGCACGAGCAGAAGACUGAGGGCAUCCACUGGACUCCAUCUAAGAUUAUCCACAGACUCGGAAAAGAGAUCAACAACCCAGAGUCCGUCUACUACUGGGCUUACAAGAACGACAUCCCAGUGUUCAGUCCAGCCCUGACGGACGGCUCUCUUGGGGACAUGAUCUACUUCCACUCCUACAAGAACCCGGGUCUGGUUAUCGACAUAGUGGAAGACAUCCGCAGGUUGAACAGUAAAGCGGUCUUUGCCAAGCGUACUGGAAUGAUCAUCCUGGGAGGUGGACUGGUCAAACAUCACAUCGCCAACGCCAACCUGAUGAGGAACGGUGCAGACUAUUCUGUGUAUGUGAACACCGGUCAGGAGUUUGACGGUUCGGAUUCUGGAGCUCGUCCUGAUGAAGCGGUCUCCUGGGGCAAGAUCCGCAUGGACGCCAAACCCGUCAAGGUGUAUGCUGAUGCCACUCUGAUUUUCCCUCUGUUGGUUGCGGAGACGUUUGCUCACCAUGCAGACAAGCUGAUCGCCGAGAAGAAAGAAUAGCACACACCCUGCUCUUCUCUGUUUAUGUGUUUAUGCAUGUGUGUGUGUGUGUGGGGGGGGGGGGGUGAGGAAGAGAGAGAGUAUGU